AUGACACUUACAUUAAGUGAGGCCAUGCUAGAGAUCUAUGUAGAAGCUGCAUAUUUCAACAUCGGAGUGGAGAUCCGACUUGCAGAGACUGGACUGCUGGCGUCCCUGAUCACUGGAUUCCAACCGGCAGGCCAACCUUUCAGGCAGGGGCAGCAGUGUCCCGUAGCUUCUUGUCCCCACUACAUCGAGCACAACAACGACAUCGCCAACUACGAGCUCCACAACAUCGAGCACAACUACAGCCUCCCCUACUACAAGUUCCACUACAUCGAGCACAACCACAACAUCGCCUACUACGAGCUCCACUACAUCAAGCACAACCACAACCUCGCCUACUACGAGCUCCACAACAUCGAGCACAACAACAACGUCCCCUACUACCAGCUCCACUACAUCCCGCACAACUACAACCACAACUACAACAUCGCCCACUACGAGCUCCACUACAUCGAGAACAACAACAACAUCCCCUACUACCAGUUCCGCUACAUCCAGCACAACUACAACGUCGCCUACUACCAGUUCCACUACAUCGAGCACAACAACAACGUCCCCUACUACGAGCUCCACUACAUCGAGUACAACCACAACCUCGCCUACAACGAGCUCCACAACAUCGAGCACAACCACAAUCUCGCCUACUACGAGCUCCACAACAUCGAGCACAACAACAACAUCCCCUACUACGAGUUCCACUACAUCGAGCACAACAACAACGUCCCCUACUACCAGCUCCACAACAUCGAGCACAACCACAACCUCGCCUACUACGAGCUCCACAACAUCGAGAACAACCACAACCUCGCCUACUACGAGCUCCACAACAUCGAGCACAACCACAACCUCGCCUACUACGAGCUCCACUACAUCGAGAACAACCACAACCUCGCCUACUACGAGCUCCACUACAUCGAGCACAACCACAACCUCACCUACUACCAGCUCCACAACAUCGAGCACAACCACAACCUCACCUACUACGAGCUCCACUACAUCGAGAACAACCACAACCUCGCCUACUACGAGCUCCACAACAUCGAGAACAACCACAACCUCGCCUACUACGAGCUCCACAACAUCGAGCACAACCACAACCUCGCCUACUACGAGCUCCACUACAUCGAGAACAACCACAACCUCGCCUACUACGAGCUCCACUACAUCGAGCACAACCACAACCUCACCUACUACCAGCUCCACAACAUCGAGCACAACCACAACCUCACCUACUACGAGCUCCACUACAUCGAGAACAACCACAACCUCGCCUACUACGAGCUCCACAACAUCGAGCACAACCACAACCUCGCCUACUACGAGCUCCACUACAUCGAGAAUAACCACAACCUCGCCUACUACCAGCUCCACAACAGCGAGCACAACCACAACCUCGCCUACUACGAGCUCCACAACAUCGAGCACAACCACAACCUCGCCUACUACGAGCUCCACAACAUCAAGAACAACCACAACCUCGCCUACUACGAGCUCCACAACAUCGAGAACAACCACAACCUCGCCUACUACGAGCUCCACAACAUCGAGCACAACCACAACCUCACCUACUACCAGCUCCACUACAUCAAGCACAACAACAACAUCGCCCACUACGACGCCUACUACACCGACACCACCAACAACAACGCCCGAAUCGACGACUACAACAACCACUGCCCCUGA